AUGCCAGCCGCGACCCGCGCCGCUGUGGGUCGUUCCGCGACGCGUACCCCAGACCCAGACGAUCCCCCAACAUCACCACCAGAAAUACAGCGAAGCAAAUCAGGUCGGGAGAUCAAACGACCGGGGCACCUCAGUCGAGAGCAGGAAAGAGAAAACGAAAGCAGGACAAGCCAUCUCGGGCACAAACGAAAUGGCCCAGCAACAACGCUCCGAGGCAACAUGGCCGCCGUGCCGAUUAACCCUAACCCUGACGCGAACGCAACCGAAACAGGAACACAAAUGAUUGCAGACCUUGUUAACAGCCUAAAGGAAGUCAUCACCCAGCAAACCAGCAUAAUUGAAUCGACAAGGGCGGAGAUACAGGAGGUUAAAACAGAACAAAUUGCUCUGAGAGAGCAAAACACAAAGUUACAAGAGGAAAUCCUGGCACUACGCACACAGAUCGAGGCGCAGACAACCGCAAAUCCAUUUCCAAGAUCAUGGGCUGGAGUAGCCGCCAACAGCAACUCACAAGACACGAACGCCACCCGACGGCCCCAAAGGGAAUUAAACUGCGUCCGAAUCAGCACCGCACGGCCGGUCGAAACCCAUGACAAUGGAAACAACGAUGACAGCUUUACAAGAUUCCUACCCACAGAUACCGCGAACAAACAUAUCAGAACGGCCCUAUCCAACACGGAACUCACCAAAGAGGUACAGGUAGCCGGCGUCGGCACCACCAAGACCGGCUACGUGAUCAGGUUCCGAGAUGCGCAGUCGGCGGAAACCGCCCGAAACAAUACCGCGUGGCUGGAAGAACUGGGGAACGAAACCAAGCUGGUGAAACCCCGAUUUGGAAUUGUGGUUCACCGAGUGCCAACAGAAGACUUUGACUUAGACCGGGAAAAGAGAGAAGGAAUUGAGAAGAUCAUGGAAGAGAACGAUCUAACUGAGAAGGGAUUUACGAUCGAGGAUAUUGCAUGGCUAAAGAAGAAGGACAGACCGCUGGGAAAGUCUGCAUCCAUGGGCAUCUGGUUGAACACACCAGAGGCAGCAGAAUCAAUCAUCAAUAAUGGUCUCCUGGUUGGACAAAGAUACAUUGGAAGUGUGGAACCCUACAAAGUGGAACUCAAGAGAUGCUAUCAAUGCCAGAAGUUUGGCCAUCUCGCCUGGUCAUGCAAGGAACAGGAAUCAGGCCAAGGUGUGCAGACUGCAAUGGGGAACAUCCUACCGGACAUAAGAGAUGUCAAGCACCUCUUGACCCGAAUGCCCCCCAAUAAUGUCAUCAACAUUACCCAGAACCUGGAUAUGCUCUUGAUCCAGGAACCAUCGAUUACCACAUAUCACACCCAUGUCAAUCAUAGUGCAUGGCGACUCUAUCGACCAACCUACCCAAAUACCGACGAAUCUACCCGAUUCCGCAGCCUUCUUUACGUGAAUAGAAGAAUCUCGACCUCCUCUCACCGCCAAAUCCACUGCAACCACCCAGAUCUGGUGGCAAUCAAAUUAUGGAACGCAGAGAUACAGUUCCUGAUCUUCUCAGUUUAUAUCCCMCCACUAGAUGUACACCAAGCCACAAACACGACCUCCGCUGAAUCAGCACUGAGGGAGAUUAAAAACACCAUCAAACAGCACACCAAGGAGUCUGACAAACCCACGAGGCUGAUUCUAGCGGGAGACUUCAAUCGACAUCACCCGGCAUGGAGCCACCGCCCCGUUCACCAUGUCUUUACCUCCCAAGCGGAAGAGUUGAUCAACUUCUUCCAGACACACCAACUCCAAUGGUGCCUACCUCCAGGCACCCCAACAUACUGGUCACCAAGCUUCCCAGGGAAGGCAUCGGUUCUCGACUUGACACUCACUAACGAACCCACAAAACUGAUCAAAUGCCAGCUUUAUCGGGACAACUACGGAUCAGACCAUCGCGGAACAUACUCGGAAUGGGACCUACGACCAGAACGUAACGAAAGCCCAAAGCCCAAGAGAGCAUAUGACAGAGCUGAUUGGGAUAAAGUCGGCUCCACUUUGCGGGAGCUGCUUGGCCAAGGACUCACGAUAAACUCUGCUGCAGAACUUGACUAUGAAGUUCAUCGACUAGUGGAAACAACAACGACAGUCCUGGACCAACACAUCCCUCUACAGAGGCCAUCCCCCUACUCGAAACGAUGGUUCACCCCAGAGCUCAAGUCCCAACAGGUCAUAGUAAACCAAGUACGUAGGAGAUGGCAGAGCAGCUGUGCUAUCCUAGGCAGCAGCCAUCCCAACACCACAUCCCUCUUCAACGACAUGCGUCAGAAACGACGAGAAUGGACUAGAACCAUCGAAAAGGUCAAAGCCGACCAUUGGAAGGAGUUCCUGGACAAGGCUCCGGAAGGCCACCUCUGGAAAGCGGCAACAUACAUGCGCCCACGAGACUCCUAUACCAACAUCCCUCCACUAAAGGUGGGAUCUGAGGAGGUCACUGAGAACGACGCAAAGGCCAGAGUAUUUCUAGAAACCUUCUUUCCGAAGAUGGCAGACCCAGAGAACGAAGACCCAGUACCACCCUCAGAGGAAAUACCAUGGCACCCAAUCACGGAGCUGGAGGUACAUCGGUCACUCCAAGCCGCCAAAGGAACGACGGCCCCAGGGGAGGAUGGGAUUAUAACCCUCGUCUGGAAGCAUCUAUGGCCCUAUCUUCGGAAGACGAUCACCUACAUCUUUGCAAAAUCAGUGGAAUUCGGCCACUAUCCCCACCAGUGGAAGCGAGCGCGCAUCAUCGUGCUGAGGAAAUCCGGGAAGCCAGACUACGGGGUACCAGAAGCAUACCGACCUAUCUCCCUACUGAAUACAUUGGGGAAGAUACUAGAGGCCGUCAUGGCUCGCAGAAUGACAUUCUGGGCUGAGUCCUAUAAACUCUUACCAGACUCCCAGUUUGGAGGCCGGCCAGGACGCAAUACAGAACAAGCGCUCUUAACCCUGGCAAACGCGAUUGAUCGCGCAUGGUUACGGUCAAAGGUGAUCACGCUGGUGGCAUUCGAUCUCACGGGGGCAUUCAAUGGAGUGAACGAUUCGAGCCUCGAUGCCCGCUUACAGGCCAAAGGUAUCCCAACCGUAGCCAGACGCUGGAUCCGGAGCUUCAUGGAGAGCCGGUACGCCAGCAUCUCCUUCGACGAUUUUCAGACGGAGAUCUCCCCGCUCGAGCAUGCUGGUCUGGCACAGGGAUCCCCGUUGUCCCCAAUCUUAUUUGGGUUCUUCAACUCCGACCUGGUCGCCCAGCCAGUCGACCACCACGGUGGUGCGUCAGCUUUUAUCGACGACUAUUUUCGAUGGCGAGCUGGCCGGUCUGCAGAAGACAAUAUCAGAAAGAUUCAGGAAGAGGAUAUCCCCCGCAUCGAGGCAUGGGCCCGACGAACGGGAUCCUCGUUCAACGUGAAGAAAACAGAACUAAUCCAUCUAACAAGGUCCAAAAGACAGCACGGGGUAGGACAGAUCAUAAUGAAUGGGACGGUAAUCAAGCCAAGCGAUACGGUAAAGCUCCUAGGCGUGAUCUUUGACAAGGAGAUGCGGUGGAAGGAACAUGUGCAGCAAGCAGUCAAGCGAGCAACCCAGGUGAAUAUCGCCCUGGGGGGACUGAGACACCUCCGACCAGAGCAGAUGAGACAAAUCUACCAAGCAUGCGUGACACCAAUCGUGGACUAUGCGUCCACCGUCUGGCACAACCCAUUAAAGGAUAAGAUACACUUGAGAACGCUGGGAACCGUGCAACGAACCACCCUUAUUCGCAUUCUCUCUGCCUUCAAGACGGCAUCCACGGCAGCCUUAGAGGUGGAAGCCUAUGUGCUGCCAACCAAUCUUCGACUCAAACAACGCGCCCAGAUCGUGGCUGCCUGCCUCAGCACCCUUCCAGAGGAUCACCCAGGCCAUACAGUAGUAACCCGAGCAGCAACGCGGAGCAACCAUAUGGGAAAUGGACCUCGAUUCCCUCUGGCGGAGACCCUGCGAUCAAUGAACCUCACUCGACUCCAGGCUCUGGAGACAAUUGAUCCAGCACCCCAACCACCAUGGCAGACACCCGCAUUUGUAGAAGUCGACAUUGAACCAGACCGGGAUAAAGCCAAAGACAACGCGGCUGCUAGACAAAAAACAUCGGGCAUCACCGUCUUCUCCGAUGCAUCAGGCCAACAGAACACACUAGGAGCCGCAGCAGUAGCGCUAGACCAGAAUUACAACAUCAUCCAGCACCGGAAAGCCCGCAUUGGCUCGAUGGAAUACUGGUCGGUGUAUGCAGCAGAGCUCAUGGCAAUAUACUACGCCAUCAGCCUUGUCCUUAAGAUUGCAACGGAAAAUCAGGUCGCCCGAGCAAGCCAACAGGAACCGGCAACGAUCCUCAGUGAUAGCAUGUCAGCACUCCAGGCCAUCUCGAAUACACGGAACAAGUCAGGUCAGAGGAUUAUUCAAGCGGUUCAGCAAUCAGCUCGGGACUUAAAGGCACAGGGAAUUCCGCUCCGUCUCCAAUGGGUACCAGGGCACUGUGGUGACCCGGGAAAUGAGGCGGCCGAUCGACUGGCCAAAGAAGCCGUCGGCCCAGAUAAAGAACACCCCUUCCAACAUCUUCUUUCACGAGAAAAAGGUUUCAUUCGCAACCGAAUCCAAGAAGAAUGGGAGCGGGAAUGGAGAACCUCCAAAAAGGGUGGCCACCUUCGCCGAGUCGAUAGAAAUUUACCCGCAGUUCGUACCCGGAGAAUGUAUGGCUCGCUGCCACGCAAUCGAGCCUACCUGCUCACCCAACUCCGCACGGGCCACUCAUGGCUAGCAACACAUGGCAAACUACAUGGACAUCGAGAGGAUGACAAGUGUGAAUGUGGAGCGAUAGAAACAGUGGUUCACGUCCUGAUUCACUGCCCCAAAUUGAACACCAUACGACAAGAACUACGGACGAAGAUUGGGACGGCAUUUAACAAUAUUUCGGACAUGCUGGGAGGAGGAGGUCACGGUAAGCAAGGUAAGGAGGGUGAUAUGCAAGGCGGUAGCAUCAUAGGUGCAGUACUCGACUUUGCAGAGGCAUCGCAGAGGUUUCAAAGCCGGGCACCACAGGGCUGCUGA